GAAGAAUCGGGAACUAAAAGAUAAGAACAAAAAGAAUAAGAAUACGUUCCUGUUAUCCAAUUAUUCUGAAUGAUGUCUUCUGUUCAACUUUACCUUAAAAAAAUCCAAAAUAUAUUACUAUGGAUGCGUUAUUAGUGUUUGAUGUUUUGAUGUACGUUAAUUUAUACUAUUAUCCUAUGUCUGCCACAUGCAAUUCGAUAAUAACCUUCGCAAAAUAUCAAAGUAUCAUCGAUACUCCUCUCAUAGGUCGCGAUACUGCUGUACAAGGUGCUAUUUUACUGUCAGAACUUCUUAAAUUGAUAUUAUACAAAAAAAUUAAAGAUUUUAAAAAAGGUUUAGCGAUAACACUGGCAGUAUUUCUGACAAUAGUAUCCAUAACUGGACUUCUCUACAUAUUCACCAUUCAACAUCCUGUCUUAAGAUUGGAAUAUAUUUUAGACAGUAUGAUGUUAAUUCUUCUGCUCGGAGAAGUUUUUUAUGGUGUAGGAGCACUGUUACCAUGUUUUAAAGAAAAGGAAUUUUACUGAUAUGGCCAAUUAUCAAUUAACAGUGAUUAUAUACAUUUUAACAAAUUGCAUUUUCUCAUACAUGAUACCUUGGUUUUUGUAAAGCUUUGCUUUAAAAGAAAUAAAUCAAAUUUAGGUGAC